ACAGCAAACAUGGGUUUUGGCUGGGACGAAGCUCAAGACGCUCACCGUCAGGUGUAUGAGCAGCCUCACCACGAGGCCAAGCUCUCCCACGAGCUGAUUGCCGGUGGUGCUUCCUUCGCGGCUUUCAAGGCCUUUGAGGAUCACCAGCGCAAGGAGGGCAAGGAGGUCAAGCACGCCUUCGCUAAGGAGCUUCUUGCCGGCUUUGUCGGUGCUGAGGUCGACAAGCUCGCCGAGACCAAGGGCAUGGACGAGGUUGACAAGCUUCGCGCUCACCACCAAGCCAAGCAGAGCGCCGAGAGGAUGUACGACGAGCACUAUGUUCAGGGCCACGGCGCUGACUCCUACGACCCCAGCCGCUACCCUCCCCCGGACCGAUUCGGCGGCCCUCGCGGCCCUGGCGGUCCUGGAGGCCCCGGCGGAUAUGGCGGCCCCGGUGGCCCUGGCGGUUUCGGUGGCCCUGGCGGCCCUGGUGGCCCUGGCGGAUUCGGCGGUCCUGGUGGCCCUGGCGGAUUCGGCGGUCCCGGUGGCCCUGGUGGCCCUGGCGGCUUCGAGGGCCCCCCGGGUGGCCACCACCACCACCCCCGUGAGGACCGCUGGUAAGCUACUUGCCUGACAGCUGGGUCGACGAGGCGACGGAAAUGUCCCGUUAGCGAGUGUAUUGAGUGAGAAGAAAUAUGAUAUCCUG